AAUUAAAUGCACGCGUUUCACAGUUGACUGAUUUUUUCAUUUGAUUAUUCAAUUUGUUUAAAUCAAAAAAAUCAUCAUGAUGUUGAUGUCUCAUGAUUUGAUCGACAUUUUCGGUGAAUUAAAUUAUCCAUCAAUUAAAGAUAUUGAUCUGGAUAACUUAUCAUUGAUUGAUUUUUCUCGUUUAUUGAAUUGGAUUUCAUUACAAUUGAAUUGUUUUGCCAAAACUGAUUCAAUUGUCAAUCUGAUUAAAGAUGAAUCAGAACUUGAUUCACUUAGAAUCGAAUUGAAUUCAUUGUUCGGUGAACUUGGUUCGAUUCAUUCUAACACCAGUAUCGAUAAUGUUGUAAAUCGUCAUAUGAUUCUUUAUAGUUUAGCCGGUGAUUUAUUAGCUGCUCGUGUGAAUUAUGUAAAAAAAUUUGAUGAAAAUCUUAAUGUUUUUACCGAUAAACUAAAUCCAAAGAAUGAUAUACAAGUGAUAAAUAAUUGUCUAUCAAUACCGAAAUCAUCAAAUCAAUUGAAAAAUAUUAAAACUUAUUUUCAAACCGUAAGACAACGGCUAGAUAAAAGCCCAUUAAAAUAUCAGGAUGAAGAUAGUCUGCUGUUACCGAAUGGUGGUCGUCUAACAACGGCUCAAUGGACCGAAUUGAAAAAUCUGAAUGAACAAUUGGCCAAUGAAUAUGCAUUACGUCGGGAGAUGUUAUUACGUCGUGCCGAUAUGACUAUUGGAUCAUUUUCUUGGAACCGUGAGAAAACCGACGAUACCGAUGAAAAAAUCAUCACUCAAAUUUAUCAGGAAAAACGUAAAGGCUGGUCAUCAAAGCAAACAUUCAAUUAUGGUUGGGAACAAGUAGCCAUCGCGUUUUGGAACCGGUAUCCAAAUCCUUAUAGUAAACAUGUGCUCACUGAAGAUGUCAUACAUCGUCGUGUUAAUCGUGAUGGUCGUCUUUUUACUAAACGUUUGUUAAUGAAAACAAAUUCCGCACCCAAAUGGACCGAACGUUUUUUACCCGCAAAUCAUGUGUUCAUUAUUGAAGAAUCGAUUGUCGAUUCAAAAGCAAAAACAUUGACCACAUAUACUCGUAAUAUUGGCCUACAACAUUUGUUAACAUUAGAGGAAAAAGUUGUAUAUAAAAUUGAUCAUGAACAUCAACAACAAACUAUUUGUGAACGACAAGCAUGGAUUCAAUCAGCAUUCUAUGGUCUUUCAUCAGCUAUCCAACGGCUUGGUCUUGAACGUUAUAAACAGAAUAUUAAAAAAGCCUACAAAGGAUUCAAUCUAACAUUGGAAACAAUAUUUGAUUCGGUCAAUCGUAAUAAAACGAUUGUUGACAUUGGCAAUUCACAAUUACCUAUUCCUUCAUUCAAUCCAAUAUUCAAAGAACGAUUACGACAAAGUGCUACAAAAGCCAGUCAAUUUGCCAAAUCAAAUAUACCGACAGUUAUUGCUGCCGCUGGUUCUGAUGAUCAGGAUUGAUUUCUUUCUUUCUUUUUUUUUACUUUAUUCAUUUGUUACCGAUUUAUUUCUUUUUUUUUCUUUGAUAUUUUUAUCAAUCAUUUUACAAUUAAACAACUAUUACAAUAAAGUGUUUUGGUUUAA